UACUUUGCCAACCACUUCAUCAUGGGCGGCGAGAAGUUUGACUCCACGCACCCCGAGGGUUACCUCUUCGGCGAGAACAGCGACCUCAACUUCCUGGGGAACCGGCCUGUGGUGUUCCCUUAUGCUGCUCCACCUCCUCAGGAACCCGUGAAAACCCUCAGGAGCUUAAUCAACAUCCGCAAGGACACCCUGCGCCUUGUCAAGUGCUCGGAGGAGGUGAAGACCCCGGGGGAAGAAGUCAGCAAAGCCAAGGUGCACUACAACGUGGAGUUCACCUUCGACACGGACGCCCGCGUGGCCAUAACCAUCUACUACCAGGCGACCGAGGAGUUUCACAACGGGGUGGUGAGCUACAUCCCCAGGGACAACAGCCUGCAGUCGGAGACGGUGCACUACAAGCGGGGAGUGUGCCAGCAGUUCUGCGUGCCCUCCCACACCGUCGACCCUUCCGAGUGGAGCGAGGAUGAGCUGGGCUUCGACCUGGACCGGGAGGUCUACCCCAUGGUGGUGCACGCCGUGGUGGAUGAAGGAGAUGAGCACACCGGGCACUGCCACGUGCUGCUGGCCACCUUUGAGAAGGCUGCGAGGGGACCUUAUAAAUGCCUACAACCUUUCCCUGCGGGGUUGCAGGUGGACGGCGUGAGCUACCUUCUGCAGGAGAUAUAUGGCAUCGAGAACAAGUACAACACGCAGGACUCCAAGGUGGCCGAGGACGAGGUGAGCGAUAACAGCGCUGAGUGCGUCGUCUGCCUCUCGGACGUGCGUGACACCCUCAUCCUGCCCUGCCGCUGCCUCUGCCUCUGCAACACCUGCGCCGACACCCUGCGCUACCAGGCCAACAACUGCCCCAUCUGCAGGCUGCCAUUCCGAGCCUUGCUUCAAAUCCGAGCCAUGAGGAAAAGGCUGGGUCCCCUCUCGCCCACCAGCUUCAACCCCAUCAUCGCCUCGCAGACCUCCGACUCCGAGGAGCACUCGUCCUCGGAGAACAUCCCCCCGGGCUACGAGGUGGUGUCACUGCUGGAGGCCCUCAACGGGCCGCUGACGCCGGCCCCUUCCUACCCUCCCGUGGACAUUGGUCUGGGGGUCCCACUCAGCCCCUGCUCUCCCCCAGAGCCCGUCAGCAGCAGCCUGGCUCAGUCCGUCAUGUCCAUGGCCUCCUCCCAGAGCCAGCACUCCCAGCUCAGCACCGACACCGUGUCCUCCAUGUCUGGCUCCUACGUUGCUCCCGGCACGGAGGAGGAGGAGGAGGAGGGGGACAUGCUCCCCUCGCCCGCAGCCGCCAGCGCCACGGCCUCUGACGGAGAGGGCAACGACGUGCUGGAGGACGAGGACGCCUCUCCCACGCAGGAAGACGGCCCGAGGACAGGCGCUUUCCUCGGUCUGAGGUGUGACAAUAACAAUGACUUGGGCAUCGCACACGUGAAAGCGCUGGACAAUAAACUGUGCUCUGAGGCCUGCUUACCUGGUGAGUGGCCGUCUGCUGAACAUGAACUUGGGGAUCGGCCCCAACCCCUCCACCUCUUCAAGCGCACCUUGUGA